UCGGUCCCUCUUCCCUCCGGAUCGGCGCAAAAGAACACUGCGCUGAUCAUUUAGCUCAUGAGAGCGAGCGAGCGAGAUAGGAGAGAGAAAACCGAAAAACCAAGUGAAAGAGUUUGCGUGCAAAAAUGGUCGAUUCUUCUGGAAGCGUUAGAUGAAUUAGAAUCGAAAACAAAUGCUCGAAACAGCCCUGUGAUGGAAAGGUGACGAUACUGUAAGCGUGCUUCUCUCGAAAUUUUGCGCAGAUUUUCCCCUCUUCCAAUGUAGUACGGGGAGUACGAUUCGUGAAGAGUGGUGGAGUAACAGUGGCGGCUUUUCUCAUACGGAGCUGGAACAAUAUGGCUUCUACUGGUGCUAAGCCUAAUGUGAAAGCCACGGAAAAUCCCAGUCCCACCACGGAAGGGCCCCCGGAAGUGGUGCAACAGGGCCACUUUUUCAGCAAAAAAACUUUCCACAAACCUACCUACUGUCAUCACUGUACAGAUAUGCUCUGGGGGUUAAUAGGUCAAGGUCUCAUAUGUGAAGUAUGUAACUUCGUAGUUCAUGAAAGAUGUCUCAAAACAGUGGUGUCUCCGUGUUCAACUAUUACUCCAAGCAUAAUAAAAAAUCCUGUUCCUCACUGUUGGGGUGAACCGGGCCACCUAAAGAGAAGAUUCUGCAACGUAUGUCGGAAACGGAUAGAAGAUAGCUGCGCAGUGAGGUGUGAAGUUUGCGAUUAUUCUGUCCAUGUUGAAUGUCAAGAUUUUGGAGUAGCUGACUGCAAGGAAUGUGCAACGUACGUUCCAAGUCGAGAUGCUUCAACACUAACGCAAACUCAUCAUUGGAGGGAAGGCAACUUACCCCCGAAUUCGAAGUGCCAAUUAUGCAAGAAGACAUGUUGGUCAGCGGAAUGUUUGGCGGGAAUGCGAUGCGAAUGGUGCAAUAUAACAGCUCAUCCGUCUUGCUACAAGAGCCUUCCUGUCGAGUGCACCUUCGGUUGCCUGGAAAGCAUCAUGCUGCCUCCCGCCUGCGUCAGCAUCCCACGCACAGACGUUCCCCUGGAGACGAUUAUCGGGGGUCAGAUGAAGAAACGAGAUACUAUCUCACGUUUACCGGAUAAUGAAAAUUAUUUGAACCAAGGCAGUAGAAGAGAGUGCAUUACAUGCAGCGAACAGAUAAAAAAAAUUAUAAUGCUUUUAUCGAGGAGUAUUUCUGAAGAGUUUUCUUCGUCCACUGAUUUAAAAGGGAAAGAUUAUGACGAGAGCUCUCAAAAAGACAAGGAAGAAGAAACUGUUAAAGUAUUUGAUGGAAAUGGAUGUUUAAAAACUAGAAUGUUUAGGACAAUCACCAUGCAAAGGAAUGCAACAAAAGAGCAGAUAAUUGCUGCGUCUCUAAGAGCAUUUCAUGUAUAUGAUGAUUUAAGGCUGUAUUACAUAACAGAUGCAUAUGAUUCUAACGAGAAAGAAUUAGAUGGCCCUACACCCCUCCAGAACCUAACACGAAAAGAUGGAAGAUCAGCAAUUUUUCUCAGGUUUCGGCCACCCGAUCCCGACUCAGGUUACAUCAAAGUUUAUCCAGGCAAAUUAGGGAACAUUGAUGGCCACCAGGUUAUUCCUGUCACAAGCGAUGAUGAGGUAAACGACGUUAUGGAACGAGCUUUGGAGAAGUUCGGUCUCGAUCCAUCUGAUGUUAUGAAAUAUAGGCUCAGUGAAGUGUCGUUAGAUAAAGGAUCUGUUCAUGAAAGACCGAUGGAUAAUCAAGAAAGUCCCUGGGAACUUAUUAAAAAUAUAGCAAGAGAAUCAAUUAGACAAAAGGAAUUGACGAGGUUUUGUUUACGUCAGAAAGAAGAUUUACAGAGUUCUUCAGUAGCACUUUUUGUAGGAAACCUUCCACCUAAUUUAUCACAAAGACAGUAUGAAAUGCUUCUUUUAGAAAUGUUAGGAAAACACACUGCAAAACACUUACCGCAAUCGCAGCAUUUUCCUUUGAAGGACCCAUGGAAACCUUACAGAUUUAGAGACCUUGGUCCCAUUUACUACGAGUAUGGAUCUUUAAUCAUAAGUUACGACAAUGCUGAUAUUGCCGUGAAAUGUUUUUACAUGCUAAGAGAAACUAUAUACGACGAUAAAAACCUUUUAGUCCUUCUCCUGCCAAAUCUCCUGCCAGACCUGGUACCCCGUGGAGUUCGGCCACUAUUAGUCUUUGUUAAUGUGAAGAGUGGCGGAUGUCAAGGAAUGGAGCUGAUUUCGUCUUUCAGACGGUUUCUUAAUCCAUACCAAGUAUAUGAUCUAGAAAAUGGAGGUCCUUUACCAGGUUUAUAUGUGUUCCGUCACAUACGGGACUACAAAAUCUUGGUGUGCGGCGGCGACGGCACAGUGGGUUGGGUGCUUCAGUGCCUAGACAACGUGGGACAGGAUUCGGAAUGCCAAUCUCCUCCAUGUGCUAUCCUACCUUUAGGAACUGGAAAUGAUCUUGCUCGGGUGCUGAGAUGGGGACCAGGAUAUACUGGAGGGGAAGAACCCCUGAAUAUCCUUAAAGAUGUCAUUGAAGCUGAAGAAAUUAGAUUAGACAGGUGGACAGUGGUCUUUCAUGUGGAUGAAAAAGAGGAUACAUCUGGAAGCAAUCCUGGGAGUUCUCAAGACAACACAGCCAUUUUUGUGAUGAACAACUAUUUUGGAAUUGGUAUCGAUGCUUCACUUUGUCUAGAUUUUCACAAUGCUAGAGAGGAAAAUCCUAACAAAUUUAAUAGCAGAUUCCACAAUAAAGGAGUAUAUGUAAAAAUGGGCUUGAGAAAGAUGGUAAGCCGCAAGACAUGGCGUGAUUUCCACAAGGAUAUUCAACUUGAAGUCGACAACAAAGUGAUAGACUUACCUCCUGUAGAGGGUAUUAUUAUCCUCAACAUUCUCAGUUGGGGUUCGGGAGCAAACCCUUGGGGUCCGGAAAAGGAAGAUCAGUUUGCUAAGCCGACCCACUACGACGGAAUGCUGGAAGUAGUUGGUGUCACUGGAGUUGUCCACAUGGGGCAGAUUCAAAGUGGACUCAGAAGUGCCAUCCGCAUCGCACAAGGAGGGCAUCUGCGAAUCAAACUGCACACCGAGAUGCCUGUUCAAGUAGACGGUGAGCCAUGGAUCCAGAGUUCAGGGGAAGUAGUAGUCCUCAGAUCUGCUUUAAAGGCUACAAUGUUAAAGAAGAGCAAAGGAAAAAUGAAGAGAAGAAAUACAGAACCUAGCAUGGUGGUGUCCCCCAUGGAAAUAAGUCAAGAUGUGCCAAGUAGUUCUGGACCAUUUUAAAAAAACACAUUUCACACAAACGUAGAAACUAACAAAACGCAGAAUAUACACUACAGCUUGGUGUGUAGGCCACAAACUACUGAUUUCACGGUUACUUGCUGAAAUUCAUUGAAAGUUAAUAACAUGCUUAUGGGGUUUACCAUCUUGUAUAGAAAACUGUUUCUAUGCCCAUUAUUUAUUUCAUUCUUGAAAUAUUCUUAAAAUGUACUAAAAUAUUUGUAAAAAAAUUAUUUUCUGUUGUUUGAAAACAGAAUGGAAUGGUUAUUCUCAGCAUAUCAAAAAAUAAUAUGUAUAAAAUGGAAUCAGGAAUAAGAAUAUGUGACUGAUCAGUUAUGAAUUAGAAAACGUAUAAUUGUAAUUGUAUUGAGGAACUUGAAGAAAAAAGUCCGUAAAAAGUUGAGAUAAAGAUCAGAUAUAUUUUCUUAAAAUGAAGAAAGUGUAUUGUUGUAAUAUAAUUAAAUGCUACUAGUAAAGGCGUUUAUUAUGAUUUUCCAGUUAGGAAAAUUACGCGCUUUAAAAAUGGCUUCUUUCAUGUGAUUGAAAUUUAUUAGAAAAUAUUGAAUUUGGAAAACAAAGUGGUGUAAGUUGAUUGCAAUGAAAUUUAUAGAAAUAAUGUUAUUGUAAGUGAAUUGAUAAUUGUAUAUGAGUGAAAAACUCAAAAGCGAUAGCAAGUUGCUAUUUAAACUUUUGAAACAGUUGUUUACAAAUGUACACGUAUAUACAAUGUAUAAGUGAAACAAUAAGCAAAUUAAAAUAUGUUGCUUUCAAUUCAAGUAAAAUUAUGGAGAUAUUAACAAAAGGACGAAUAACUGCAACAUAUAAAAAAUACCUUUAGCAGACUUUCUUUUUUCAAUCAGGGAUCAUACAAUCUUUUAAAAAUAUUUUUUUUAAUUUUUAUUAUUUUACUGUAUACAAUAUUAUAUUUAAACAAAAGUCUGGUAUUUAAUUAUAUAUGCAUAAGCAAAUGCUGAAGGUUGAAAAUUAACGAAUUAACUAACAAUAGACUGAUUUUUUAAAAGGUGAAUCAAGGUUAAACAAAAAACAAGAACCGUCCUCGCAACAAUAACUUAAGUACAAAUACUAAUUAUAAUUUAGUAAAAGGUUGAAUCUGAAUGAAAGGUUUGAGGGAAUGAAGAUAUUCUACAUGCCAUAUUUCUAUAGAAAAUUUUCCAAUUUAUUUUCGAAUUAAUUAAACUUUAUAUGAUAAAUAUAUAACUAUAUUUUAAGAAAUUUAAUUUUUAAUAACUUAGGAGUUCGAUGAAAAUAUAACCGUUAUAAAAACAUACUUCAAAAGGGAAAAUAAAUUUAAUUAAAUUUUGCAGCAGUAAUAAAUAAUUUAAAAGCAAUGUUAAAAGAAAUAAAAGUAAUUUUAUGACGUUUUCUUAAGAUCUCGUUUCUCAAGCCAUUUGAAGCAAAAUGUAACACAAAAUUAUCACUCUAAACUUAUGCACAAUGAAUCACAACUCGAUUUCUUUUUAAUCUAUUAUAAAAUGGAAUAUUUAACGAAUUUUUUUGGCUUUUUAAUAUCUAUUAUAACGAAUAAAUAUGGCAUAUUUUCAUAAAACACUCUUAAAAUCUAUAUAAGCAAAGAUUUGUCACUGAAAUUCUUUUGCGAAUUUUACAAGAAAGUAAUGAAGACUUUAAAGGGAGGUAAAAACAUGCACUAGCAAAUAUACAUAUAAAUCUAUAUAUAUUUACAUUUGCACACAAAAUUAUUUUUAGACAACUAUAAAAUAUUCUAAAAUAAUUUAUCAAAAUAUAAUUUUUAUCAUAAAAUUCUUUGAACGUACAUAAAAGUUUUUUAUCCAGUCUGUUUAUGAUGACAAGCAUCAUGAUUUGCUAAAAUGUUUUCAUGAUAAAUAUUUAUUCAAAGAAAAUUUUCAUAUUUUGUGAAACUUAAGAUUUCAAUAGUUAUAAUUGAAUUAUUUUUGUUGCAUUCAGACUGGCAUCAUUUUCAACGAAGAGUUCAUUCAUUCAUAGCCUAUAUAUAAAAAUCAAUGCAUGUUAGGUCAGUGUUUUCAAAUAUAUUUUUUAGGGUCGAACAAAUAUAUUACUCAGCAUAGAAUAUUUUGGAUUGAUUUACAUGAAAAAAAAUAUAAGACUGUCCUUCAACCGCAAUUUAGAAUUAGCAGUUUCGUUAGAUGUAUAAAAUAAUGAUUUGAACUGUUUAAUUUAUAUGUAUAAAAAUUGAUCUUGAGCAAAUAAUUGUUUACACUUAUUUACUCAAAAUCAGUUAUCAAUAUAUUACACAAUCAGUUUAUAAAACAUAAACUUAUUUAUAAAAAGAAUACAUUCUGAUGUAAAACUGAUUAUAUAAUAAUCUUUAAUUUUUAAAUCAAAGUUGAAAUUGAUAAAUAAUUAGCCAUGAUAAAAAAUAAUUUAGAAAUUAAAGAUGACAUGACUAUUUUGUCUCAAAUUUUCUUCAGCAAAAAAAAAAAAUAAAUAAAAAAUUGUCCUUUCAUAUUUUCUUUGGUUAACACUGAUUUGCAUGCAUCGAGAAAUAAAACCGUUAAUUCAAGUAUUUUUGUACAAUGUCACGCAACAAUGUUAUGCUAAUUCAAAGAACAAAUGUAAAAGCACGCAGGGAAAUUCUCUCUGUUCUACAUCAGUAUUUCUAGUACUGGAGCUCCAUAGGCAUCCGUUUCAGCACCAGUUAUGUGACUGGUGGGAAAUAAUGAAAGCCCAAUUGUUAUUGUUAAAAGUGUUUCCAAGAUGAGGUCAUCUGUGUUUAGUCCUUGGUAAAUGUCAUCACUAUUGCCACCUAGAUUUUGUGUUCUUUAAUCUACAUGCUGCGCCACUGGUAAUGAUGCUGCAUUGCCCACGAGCAGCUAGCUGACAACGAAAAUUACUCUUUUUGCCUAGAUUAGCAAGCAACGUAUUGUAUAAGCCAAUCAAAAGAAGCAUAAAUCGAAAAUUAUUAUGAUCCAGUACUUUUCUAUUAAAAAAAAAUACUUUCAUUGCUAAAUUUGAAUUGUUCGUUCACGUGAAAUAAUUUAAAUUAAAGAUAUAAUAUUUCCCGAUAAAAUUAAAAAAAUAUAUAUGUGAUUUUACUAAAAACUAACUUAUUUUCCAUUUUUUGCUUGGUUGCCAAAUAGAAAAUUCUAUUCCAGUCUUAUUUGUCUUCGCUUUUCAGUCGUUUUUAAUAAAUCAAUGAUGAUAAAUCCAAUUUUUUAUAUAAAUUUAUAUCUUUCUUCUGCAAUUCAAUGAUUGCAAAGCACUAUUUGAAAGAAAUGUGGCAAUGAUUAGCAAAAAUUAUCUUUGGCUUAGCUGUAGUAUUUUUGUGGUGGGUUGCAGGUAUGGACUCACUGAACAAAUUUUCUCUUUUUAUUUUAAAUUUCAGUUAGAUUAAUAAAUAACUGAUGCAAGCGUAGUCAAUGUUUGUAAAUUGAUGGUUACUUGUACAUGUAUCUGAUGUAAUAUUGUAUAUUUCUUGUAUAUAUUUUAGAGUAGUAGCACAAUAUUUGUAAAAUAGAAGCUAUUAUAAUACUAGAUCACGUUAAAACUCAUGGCUUGUAACUAGGUUUAUAAGAUGCAGCAAAUUGUGAAAUAAAAUGAACUGUUGUAAGGUUAAAUUGUAGACAUUUGUAAUUGCAUAGACAUCAUUGUUUAGACACAAUUGACAGUAGAAAGAAUUAACACAGCAAUAUUAUUUUUUAGUUCGUUCGAGAGCAAAACCAUGAAUGGAUGACAAAUACUUCAUUAUGCAGACUUUAAAAGAAUUUCAGUUAUUUUGUUAAAAAUGAAACUUUAGUACUUUUUUAUCAGUUAUCUUAUAUUUUUCUUAAGAAAAUUCAUAACAUUCAUUGUUGAUUACAUAAAUAUUAAGGAUAUUUGGGAAGAUGAGAUGUUCUUAUUUAAGUUUAGGAAGUUUCUGUGAAUGCUGCAAAAAGAGAACAAAAAUUUAUCAAACAUGAAUAGUCUCCUCAUAAAUUGAAUUGCUAGAAGCUUUUGCACAAAACACUUACUUCUUUCUUGCAUUUUUUAGAAUGCCGUUUUUUUCCGUAUCGCACUGCUUUUGUCAGAACGACAGAUUUAAUAACAUAAAAAUAUUAAAAGCGCUCAUUUAAAUUUAUAUUUACACUCUUAAGGAAAACUCACAUCUUUAUUCAUAUGGAAUAUUAAUUGGUUAAAAAUUCUGCUGAAUAUAUUGUAAAAAUAACAAAAAAAAUAUAUAUUAUAUGCUUAGGCAAAAUAUAUAUAUUUUUAAUUUUCGAUAAAACAGUAUAAAUGAAGUUCAAUAAUAUUUUUAAUGCAAACAAAAGCAUUGCAAGAAUGUAUUGAAACAAUAUU